GGGUUAAUUCCUGCUCUACAAGACUGCUGUGCUAAAUAAAGUAUACAGAGUAUAUAUCAAAUGAGCUCUCCUAAUGAUGUUCUAGUCGAUAAUCAGCGCCCUUCCCUGUACGGUGUUCCAGCUGGACUAACACCUCACCGCAGAACAGGUGCACACUGUAAUUAGUUCUACGAGCACGAGCUGUAACGUUACACCUCAGUCACCAUUAGGGCUAUGGUUACCUAUAAAAUAAAGAAAUCCUACUCGUGUGUCCCUGGAUGCCAACCCUGCCAAGAUAUCCCACUCCAGAAUUCCCCCUUGAAAAUAAACAAGCUAUUCCCACGCAGCCGACAGGGGUCAGCCGUUCCUGCCACCCGCCUCCACCAGACUGGUCCCCAGAAAGCGGACAAGCACACACGGGACGUGCCCGCUAGCUGCAAAGAGGAGUACCCGCUACUGCAAAAAGUGGUGUGCGGCAGCCUGGGGUCUCCGUCCAGGGCGGAGCGGCUGAACCCGAGCGGCCAGGACCCUCCCUUCCAGUCGUGCCGCUCUCGGGCACUAGCGCUCCAGAACGUUGCCCGCCCGCCCGGCGUCCUUAACGGAAGCCGACGCUGGUGGCAGCGGCGCGGCUCCGGGAGACCGGGAGGGGGCGGGCGGGCAGCCGGAGGAAACCGACACGCGGCAGCUCGGCGUGUGCGUGUCACUCGGGGGAAGCCUGGCGGUGAGAAGCGCCCGACCGCGGGCAGGGGCGCGCGGGAUCGCCGCCUCCGCCCUGACAGCCGGGCCCGUGUGAGUCGGGCCGCGGGGCGAGCAGCGGCUGGCGGCGCGGAGUCCGUGCGGCCGCGAGACCGCGCGGGCGGCGGGUGUGUCGGUGCUAGCUGCUCCUAAGACAGUUUCAACUAGGAACGACGUGAGGCAAAGAGCAUAAAGAUAGAAGUCCAGGCCAG